AUGGAAGAGCAUGUAUCAUCAUUAGAAAAAACAGAACCAGGAGCAAAGAUGGAAAAGCAAAGAAUAACAUUCUUGUGCUGUUCAAAUGCGGAAGGAUCUCAUCAACUCAAGCUCCUUGUGAUAGGCAAGGCCAGAAACCCCCGUUGUUUUAACUGGUUUGACUGCCCUGUUYAUUAUAGGCAUUCAAAGUCCGCUUGGAUGACUGCCGCUUUCUUCAAAGWUUGGUUCCAUCGUUCAUUCACAUCUGAGAUAAGUAUUCGCAUUUUAGUAACGAAAUUUUUGACAAAAAAAGGUCUACCAGUUAAGGCUGUCCUUUUAAUUGAUAACGCUCCAUCGCAUCCACCUGAGAAUGAACUUAAAAGUGCAGACGGCUCUAUUUUAGCAAUGUUUAUGCCACGCAACGUCACMCCCCUUAUACAACCCAUGGACCAAAAUGCAAUCAGGAUUACAAAACUUUAUUACAGAAACAGUCUUUUGGCUUCCGUUGCUGCAACCGGAUGUGACUUGCUAGAGUCUAUGAAGCAAAUUUCACUUAAGGACGCUAUUAUUACUCUUGAAUCUGCAUGGAAUAAAAUGGAUGAGGCUGUGCUGUCAAAAUGCUGGAACAAUGUUUUGAGUAUGCUUGAAAACCAAGAAGAUCCUGAAGAUGAAAUUCCUUUCAGUAUCCUUCGAAGGAACUUGAAUAUGAAUGUGGGGUACUUGGAGGAGAGCGCAGCCAAUCUUGGAAUCACUGCUUGCAAMGUUAGAGAAUGGAACGAGGAUGCUAUUGAAUUCAAUGAAAAUGAAAUACAAGAAAUAUCCGACGAAGACGACUAUACUGUAGAGUCGCAAAAGACGAUUACAGCAAGAGAAGCUAUUGACAUAUUUAAUAAUGCUUUGGAAUGGGCUGAAAGUGAAAUGGUUGAACAUAAGGAAUUAAAUGUAUUAAAGAACCUAAGRGAAAAAGCAGUUUUUAAGGUGGYUGAUCAAAAGAAACAGCAAAAGAGGAUUACCGAUUUUUUUCCAAAAUGA